AUGAGCAAGCUAGAACAGUCUAUCGAACAAAACACAACUCAGCCUUCUGCGGUUGCCUCGGGCAAUGCCGCUCUGCCGCAGCCACUUAGUUUCAACAGCGUCGAAACUGACAUUCCCGGCGGUUUAUCUAAUUCCCUACCUCUGGAGACACCUGAAACUGUCACUUUAAAUCUAUCAUGCAGUCUUGGCGCAUUUCCAGCAUCGUCUAUCAUCAAUCUUACGCUGGGUAACAUUGGAGCAGCCCCAGGACGAAACCCCGACCCAGUUUCAUGCGGAUAUAUCUCACAGGAGAUAGCAGAGGAACUCUUCGUAUUCUUCAAGCAAAACUUGGACCCUUGCAUUCACAAUACCCUCGGCGAGAACGACUCUUUCAGUACCAUCCGUACACGCUCUCCGCUCUUCAUCACUGCAAUAUGCACAGUGUCUGCCUUUUGCACUGGCUCCGAUAAAUACAGUCCCUUACUAAAACAUUUCACAACCCAAGUCUCCGCGAAGUUAUUUUCGUGCAAUCAUACAUUCGACGACGUCCGCGCGCUGUGUAUUGGAGCUUUAUGGUUGAAUGAAGUUUCCACCGCGCUGAACAGUUUAGCUGUUCGCAUUUCCACAGAGUUGGAUUUGCACAGGUGCAUCACAAAAAUGCCUCACACAAAACGAGCCUGCUAUGACCGUACCCGGUUAUACUGGCUGGUAUACCUCUGCGAUCAUCACUGCUCUCUCAUCCACGGAAGACCUCCCCUUACGCGAGACUUCUUUUCAUUAAGAAGGCCACGAGAUUUUCUGCAAAGCUAUUUCACCAACGCUUCUGACUUAAGUCUAAUCAGCCAGGUCGAGCUGUGGUCUAUCAGCAGUCGUGUCUUUGACAUGUUCGGUGCUGAUAUUGAGUACAGUGCCGCUAGUCAGCGGUCGAAUAAGCUGACGCAGCUGAGUGCUGCCUACGAUAUAUGGCUGGAGGAAUGGCUUGCCAUGCUUUCCUUCACGAACGCACCGAGCACAUUUUCACGCCGUGUCUUCGAUCUUUAUUUCCAUUCCGCGAAAUUGUAUCUCUUCUCGCAUAUUUUUCGAGGCUCGUCGCAGGAUACAAAACUCUCCAACUCUGGGUCCGAAUCUGAUACCGACGCGGACAAGUUUGCACACGGCGCGGCGAGAUGUGCUCUGGCAAUUAUCAGGUGCAUUGUGGAUGACAAUAAAUCAUCCUCGUGGCUGGGAAAAUUACCAACCUAUAUCGGGACUAUGGUGGCAUUUGCCUGUGUCUGCUUGGUAAAGAUAUCCGUCGAGCAAAGACCGUGGGCUCAGGACCUUCAAGCCGAGGGUAUUCCCAGUUACCUUCAGCGACUAGUUCAGGUCCUCCUCUCGUCGCCGGUUGUCAACCACCCUACACAUCCUCUACUGAGCAUUGCCAGGAGUCUGGAGACUGCCACUGCUGUCGCUGGGGGUGUAUAUGGCCAAGACUCUCUAGCCUCAAUCGAUAUGCGAGAUUUGGACCUUGAUCUGGGAUUUUUUGAUAUGUUUACCAGCGAUACGUUGAAUGGGUGUACUGAUAACCACGGUGCAUUUCCAGGGAUGUGA